AGAUAAGAAUGGGGUUUGCUGAGGAUAAGUUUUUCGAUUUCUUGAGGAAAAACAUGGAUUUGCUGGGGUGUAUAAAUGUCAAUGAGAUGCUAAAUCAUCUAAGAGGAGUCUUUACCAUCCCCACUGGGGAGCAACUAGAGAGAAAUUUGGAUAGAGAAGGCAAUACAAACGCGGUGUUUCAUUUUCUGAAUAACCUGAGGAAGAGAGAUAAUUGGGUGAACCAUUUAUUACAAGCACUGUGGAAGUGUGAGCAUUUUGAACUGUAUGGUACGCUUCGGGAUGAGUACAGAUUGCACAGACCUAAAGGAGUAGUUUGGGAACCUGAUCCUCCUCCCUACUCACCUCCUUCUCUACCACCCAAUCCUUGUGACAAUUCUCAAUUGGACAGUCUACGAGGUUGCAUAAGUCUUCCAAUUCAGCUGAAUCCCAGCUCCCCGGAACCACUGCCAGUUCCUCCAGUAGCUCCAUCUCCCAGCCAGGUCCAGCCUGAACAAGUGUCAAGAAGGAGUCAUCAGCCCCAAGAAAGUGGUGAUCCAUCCACCCAACCUAGGGCUCCAACUUCACAAAGCCUUCCAGCAGCACGUGAUGUUGCACUGCCUGAUGAAGUGGACACCAAGACAUCAGCAGAUAGCAUAUCUAAGGCACCGGUACCAGAAACUUCACCAUUUCCAUCAGUUGUGGACAGCAAUGGAGUUUUAAGUGAGGCUACUAAUCCUCAAAAACAGUAUCCACCUGUUGCAUCCUCCUUCCCUGCAAGAGAGGACAUUGCAAUGACACUCCAGGAAAAGGCAGAGAAUCCAGAGGUGGUUCAUUCUGUGGAGCAGUAUACCUCCGUGGUAAAUGCCGUCAAUGAUCUACCGCACACUCCUAUGAAUCGAAAAGUGGUUGGAAGUGAUGCAUCCAGUCCAUCCAGGUCUCUGAGUGAAGAUGACAAAGCAUGGACAGCACCGCAGCAAAGAGAAGUGCCCGGGUACUCACAGGAUACCUCUAACCCUCCUCCAGGCCAGCAGUAUGCCGCAAACGCCAUUAACAAACACUACCCCAAGGAAUCUGUCCCAAAUCCGGUGACAAGCGCUCCAUCCCAGCAUCCAUCGGGGACAAGUUCGGAGUCUGGAGUAAAAGCUGCAGCGGGACCCCAGCACAGGCAGCAGCAGCCUACAUAUGAGUCGAGUGUGCAACACUCAUCAUGUAGACCAACAAAUGAUGUCGAAAAACCAGGAGUUUUGGUGUCCGGUGCUGGCUUUGCAGAUUUCACAAGAGAAACUGACCAAGCCCCUGCGUUAUCGAGGAUGCCUGAACUUGAGAUAAGUGUUGAUGAAUUGAGUAAUAAGGGUUCCCAGUUUCCAGGUUCUUCUAAAUCACCCGCCACAAGGGCCAGCAAGGGAAGUCCCACUCCACUUGAUGAGCCAAAUACAAGCACACCUAAGAAUUCAAGCUCAGGCAGCUCUCCUAAAAAGAGGCCAGAGGAAAGUGAAGAUCCUAGAAGAGCUUCUGGCUCUGUGCGUAGGAGAGAACAAAACAGGCAAGAGCCAGAAGAGAACAGCUUCGAGCUUUCCAAUGAUUUAAGUUUCUACAGACUUCAAUUCAAUGAAAACCCAUCAGUGGACCUCAUGGAUGGAAACAGUGCGCCUCAACAGAAAACAACGAAAACCCCAGAAACCAGGGAGACAGGUGACAGGGAGGCAUCUCAACAAAAAGAAAAGUCCAGGGAGAACAACCUGCAUGAUCCCCUUGUUAUCGCAUCAGCUGUUGUUGUUUGCAUUGGUUUAUACAUAAUAUGGCUGAAAUACAAAAACUAA